AGAAUAGACACAAACCACACCGCAAAUCCCAGGAUUCGGUGCUUAUCAUCGUCAUCCUGGACUCGAACCAUUCUAUACCGGCUUUUUAACCUCAGGGUUUCUCCCAGUGUUUCACCCAGUGAAAAGAAGGGUGGUUUGUUGCAUGCGCACGCAUCACAUCCACCAAUCGAACUGGGAGCGCCGUGGCUCCUACAUCCGCGCGAUUGUGCGUUAGGGGCGCGAUUCUAAAACAGAAAAGAAAAAAAUAGAGUCAAAGAAAAAUCAAGUCCACAAAAUUCUGGACUCUGAAUUAUGAAAAGUAAAUUGACCUUUUUACCAGUGAAAAGUGUGACAAGGCUCGUCAUCGCGUGAGAUGGAGUAAAAAAAAAUAAGAAAGAAAAUUGUAUAUAUUGUCCCUGACCCGGUGUGUUCGGGAGAAAAACGAAUCGUUUCGCUUUUCCACCCCCGACAACCCCCGGAUCCUCAGAAAUUCGUCUCGCAAUGGCGCCCAACGUGGGCAGCUUGAUAAUCUCUCGUGUCUCGUCAGUGCUUGAAAAUUGUGUCAAAUAAAAUAUAUUUUCCACAAUAAAAAUGAUUCUCAGGGUGUGGUGGUGAGAAAAUCUAAAGUGAAUUGCUUUUUUUUCUAUUUUUUUCCCAGUGUGUUUGUGUGAAAAAAGGCGAAAUAUGAAAAAAUUCCGAAAGAAGCGACCAACAAAAAGAAAGGAACGUUUAAGAAAGUGAUAAAAAAAAUUUUUCCGAAUACGAAUGAGAGCCUAUUUCAGGGGCGAAGGUGUUUCUCAAGGUCAUCACGAGUCAAGAGGACCAACAUUGAGAAAGAUGAAGAAUGGGCCUUACUCAUUCUUUUCGAAUGUUAAUGUGCUCGUGAUCCAUUUGCGGAGGAAGAAACAAAUAAGAACAAAAAUUAAGGAUUGAGAAAUAAUAACCUCGUGGGUUUGCAUUCGUCCAUUCAAUCUGGCGAACAACAAGGGCGAGUCGUCGACGAUGCAGCAGGGCAAGGAAAGCUCUGUUGGGUCCAACACCCAGGAGACACAUCAAUAUGUCGGGCCCUAUCGACUUGAGAAGACCCUCGGCAAAGGCCAAACUGGUUUGGUCAAGCUGGGGGUUCAUUGUGUGCUUGGAAAGAAGGUGGCCAUUAAGAUCAUUAACCGCGAGAAACUUUCGGAGUCCGUUUUAAUGAAAGUGGAACGCGAGAUUGCCAUUAUGAAACUCAUUGACCAUCCUCAUGUCCUCGGUCUCUCGGACGUGUACGAAAACAAGAAGUACCUAUAUCUUGUUUUAGAACACGUCUCAGGAGGGGAACUUUUCGACUAUCUGGUAAAGAAAGGAAGGCUAACACCCAAGGAGGCCAGGAGGUUUUUUCGUCAAAUCAUUUCCGCGUUAGAUUUUUGUCAUAGUCAUAGUAUAUGUCAUAGAGAUUUGAAACCUGAAAAUUUGUUAUUGGAUGAGAAGAAUAAUAUAAAAAUAGCUGAUUUUGGAAUGGCAUCGUUACAACCCGCUGGCUCAAUGUUAGAAACAAGCUGUGGUUCUCCUCAUUACGCCUGCCCCGAAGUCAUCCGAGGGGAAAAAUACGACGGUAGAAAAGCAGACGUUUGGUCUUGUGGUGUGAUACUUUAUGCACUUUUAGUCGGCGCUUUACCUUUCGACGACGAUAAUUUAAGACAACUUUUGGAAAAAGUCAAACGAGGGGUGUUUCACAUACCACACUUUGUCCCGCCCGACUGUCAAAAUCUACUUAGGGGAAUGAUCGAAGUUAUUCCCGAUAAAAGACUAACGUUAGCGGAGAUAAACAGGCAUAUAUGGGUGACAGCUGCUGGCAAGGGAGAAUUGGAAUUAGAACUUUCAAUGAUGGAUGUGGUGCAAACACACGUGAUUCCGUCCGAGGACGCCAUUGAUCCUGACGUUUUGCAGGCUAUCGCCAGUCUCGGAUGCUUUAAGGAAAAGGAUAAUCUCAUCAAAGAGCUUCUUAGUCCCAAUCACAAUACAGAAAAGGUGAUUUACUUUCUUUUACUGGAGAGAAAGAGAAGAAGACCGGCCUGCGAGGAUGAACUGGAAGUAAUGAGAAGCGGAAUGAGAGCUUCAACGGCACAAUUGGAGGCAGAUCCUCCUAGGAAAAGGGUUGAUACUUGUCGAGUAAAUGGCAAUGCUGCUUUGAACUUGGGACAAAUAAGCCACGGUUCGCCCCUUACACCAAGGAGACAAUCCAGGGUUUUGAAUUGCAGCACAAGGCAUCAUGCGAGACGUUCACCAAGUACUGGGUCUCAUACUCACGCUUCGCAUUCGCACGCAUCGACUCCUGGUGGUUCGCCUCUUCACACGUCAAACUUCUCAGGUCUUUUGAGUCCUCAUCGUGCGACUCCAAGCUCACAUCAUAGUCAAACCGGAAGUCCACACAGGUUGUCAACUGUCGGUACCGCUGGCGGAAAUGGCAAUUCAACUCAAGGAAUUACAAAUCCCAUUCCACCCUUGGCGAGCGUUGGAAUUGAGUUGAGUGAAGUUCAACCUGUGGGUGUUACACCUCCUGGUUCACCUCACACGGGAGCAGGAUCGGGAGCGCAUCAUUGGAGAUCACGCUUAACAACAAUAAAGAAUUCGUUCCUAGGGAGUCCAAGAUUCCACAGGCGCAAAUUGCUCACGAGCACCGAAGAGGUGCAUUUAACGCCCGGUUCUUCGCCGGAGUUGACGAAAAAGUCCUGGUUUGGCAGUUUAAUGGCAACCGAGAAGGACGAAACAUUUACUGUAUUAGUAAAAGGCAAACCUUUGGCGAGUGUCAAAGCUGACCUAAUUCACGCCUUUUUAUCGAUAGCUGAAUUAUCGCAUAGUGUGAGUUCGGCAAUGUCCUUUAGUGUGGAAUAUAAACGAGGCAGUACGGGACCAGCAAUGUUUCAAAGACAAGUACGAUUUCAAGUUGACAUUAGUGCCAUUUCAAAGCAACCAAGUGAACCUCUAUUUGCCAUCACAUUUACUCUCCUGAGUGGCAAUAUUCGGAGAUUUAGAAGAGUUUGCGAGCACAUACAAUCGCAGGUGUGUUCGAGAAAUAUUGGCUUAAAUUUGGGAAAUCAAAGCAGUAGAGCAGCACCGCCGAGUCCAAGGGCAUCGAGGAAAUUUUCCACCGAGAUGAGCGAGAGUUCAAGUUGUGGAAGCGACACAAGCGAAAGACUGUUCCUUAAUCCACAUCCUACUACCAGACAGGUAGUUUGUUUCAACAAGAUUGAUUCUGAUCUAGAGUCAGAAACAUCAGUCUUCGAUGUCAAAUCACCAACGAGGGAGAAUGGAAGAAGAAGUUCAACGUCAACAAACAAUAAUAUUCCACUUCCUGACGAUGUGACACCGACGAGCGAAGAAACGCCACCAAAAGCGGUGAGAAGUAAUUCUGAAAGUCAAAAUACACCGGAAAAAAAGUGUGUAACAACAAUGAGUGGCAGCAAUAUAGCGUGAUACUAUGAGAACCUCCGUUUUGAAUUUCGAACCAGUUUUAGAAAUUUAUGGGACAGCACUCAACGACUUUACAGUGAUUAUUUGUGAGAAAUGGUGUAAAGGAGGUCUUCCGGUUCACAAAGGGAGUUUUUUUUUAAUUUCCAAAAAAAAGUCAGUUUUGUGAAAUUGAAAAUAGUUUCCAAAAACUCUUCAUUUUUUCGAGUGUGUCUGGAUCGAAAGUGAACGUGGUGAUUGGCUUUAAGUAACUGCCAAGUAGGUAAUUGAAUUUAAAUAUUAUCGUCGGUCUACUGUUUUUAGGAAUCAAAAUAUUCAAAGUCUUUGAUGAGAAAACUAAGAAAUCCAAGAAAACCAAGUAAAGACACGAUAUUCCUUCGAUUUCUCAUCAAAUUUCAAGAAUAAUUUUUCUUUUUUAUUACUCUCACCAACUGCCACAAAAAAAUGAACUUCAAUUUAAAAAUAUAGAACAAAAGUACAUUUACGAGAACGUAAUUCUUAAUUCAAAAUUUGUUCCAUUCCUCCAAGAACACCUCUAUCUAUUAGUGUUCUUGCUUUAAUAGAAAGAAGGCAAAAAAAUAACAUUUAUGAAGCCAGGAAUUUUUUUUUGGCCACGAAAUUAUUGCCUAAGAGGAAGCCAGAAAAAAGGACAAAAUGAAAAAGAAUCUUUUCGACAUCGGAGAGAUUUAUUUUUUUCACUCGAAGGGAAAAAGCAGUUUUUUUUAAAUGAAAAAAAGAAAGAAAGAAAGAAAGACUAUUCUUAAAAUGACGUAGUGCAGAUUGAUAAAAAAUAAAAUUACAAUACAAUACAAUAAAAAUGAAAAAAAGUAAAUAAAUUAAUAAUGAAAAUUAGUUAAAAAAAAUGCAUACAAGCUUCUCGUCAAAGAUUGCGGAGAAAAAGUAUAGCAAUUAGAUGUUUCUAUUAAAUAUUAUAAUACAGUAUGCAUUGUAUACUUAAGAUAUAUUUUCUCAAACAGACAUAUCUCACAAUAAAAAUUGGCCCGGCUUCAUAGUAAACUUGUAACGUAUGUUAUUAUGUAACGCCAUUAUUUAAUGUUUAAACGUUGUUAUAACAAAAAAAAAAAAAAAAAAGAAAAUUAAAAAGCAAAACUAUCGUACGAUCACGUGGAGGUGUCAUUUGUGUUCUGGAAUCGAGAAUAUUUUAUAUAAAGAUGGUUUCUGAAAAAAAAAUUACUUUUUUGAUAGAUUUGUUCAAUUUUUUCUAACUGAAAUAUUAAAUAACCGAAUUUUUUUUCACUACAAAGAAAAAUUAAACCAAAUAUUUUUUUCUGUGUGUAUUAUUUUUUAUGAAUUUAAAACAAAAGAAAUGAAAAAUAAUUACUAAUUAAGUUUUAUUUACUCGACUUCAGAUCGGUAAAUUCAGGCAAAUUUCUUUAGCAUUUUUUUCAGUCCUGAAGAAAUAUAAUUUUUUCCACCUGCAACAAAAAAAUGUAGAUUAAAAUCCAUACCUGGAUUUAAACAAAAAAGUUUGUCAUAUUUUUCUGAGUGAAUUAAUUUAUUAAAAUAUUUUUGAAAAAAAGUAUGACGAUCUUAAUUAUGUUUAAAGAAAAUAUUCUCCUUUUUCUAAAACCAUCUAAAAUAUGUCAGAGGAAAAUGAAAAUUGAAAUUAUUCCGAGUUCAUUUUAAAGAGAUUCCAGGUCACAAGGACUCGCUUUAAAUUUUAUAGGCGACGUCUCUCGUUCCUAUUAAAAAAAAUACGUAGGAAUUAUUUAAUUUAGACAAUGAAAAAUGUUUAAAUUUAUUUAUUACGUCCGGAUCGAAAAAUUUAUUAAUUUGCAUUUUUACAAAUUCUAUAUAAAUUUUUAUAGAUCUGGAUUUUAAUUUUAAGUGUCAUUUUCAAGAAUCUGUUUGAUCAAUGUACGAAAUAAUAAGCAAUAUUUGAUCAAUUUUUUCUUUAAUUAGCUUUUUUCAAUUAUAAUCAUUAAUUAUUAUUUUACCUAGUAAAUUAUCGCCUUUCUAAAAAUAAUUUAUUCUUAAAUAUUUUUCUCGGAGGAAUUGUAAGACCAAAAAUUGCUUAUAAUUUCAAGAUUAAGCAUAUCUUGCAUUCCAGUCUGAAAAUUUAGUGCGUUGAUUGAUUUUGACGUGGAAAAUAAUAAAAUUAUAUCAAUUAUUUUAAAUAAUGAAAUUAUUAAAGAAUCGGGCUUUGCAAUAAAUGACAAAACCACGAGAUUAUUAUAGAUAAUGGAUGAAAAGAAAGAAAAGAAUGGGAAUGCUAAUGAAAAAGUUAAGUAGAUAGUUCGAGAUGAAUCUGAUUAGUAAUGUAAUAAUUCAUAAAAAUUGAAUCUAGAUAUUAAGCUUAUGGUUAUCUAUUUAUUAAUUGCGGAUAUAAAUAUAUAUAAACUGAUUCUACACGGAAUAAGUAUUAAUAAAAAUAAUGACAAAUUACCGGCCACUUUAAACUAUAGGAUUUUAUAUCAUUAAAAAGAAAAUCAUUCGUGACGAAAUGGAAAAGUGAAUAUUUCAUUCGAGUUUAUUCUAAAAGAAAAAAAAAGUGUAUGGACGAAUUAAUUUUCAUAAAAAAAAAGAGAAAGGUCAUACAACCUCAUUAGUAAUUGAUGUUGUUUGAUUUAUUUCUUCUGCCGUUGAAAAAAGAUGUUCACACGUUGAUGACCUUUUUGCCAAUUCUGAAAAAUAGAAAAACUUGAUUAUUUUGAGAUUUCAAUUCGUAAGUUUUAAAUUCAUAUUUUCUUUGAGAAAUUAAUUUUCUUAAUUAAUUAAUUUUUUAAUUUUCUUUUUUAAUUUAUUUUUUAAAUUUAUUUUUAAAUGUAAAUUUUUCUUUUCAUCGAGUGAUGUCUUUUUUCCUCAGGGCAAUUUAGAAAUUUUGUGAUGCGAAUGACGUUGUUCAUUGAAAUAUAUCUUUUAAUUUGAUAUAUACAUUUGGCACGUGUUAACUUCGUGAUAGCGCGACACUAUUGUAAAUUCAUACGAACUUAAAAAAAAGCAAAAGUAUCUGAUG